GUCAGAUGUAUAACCUAAGGAACCAUAGUUCAUUAAUUCUACAACACGAAGUUUGAAGUUAACCAUCAAUGGAUGUUGGACGCUGUUAAUGUCCUUGUUCGCGUUUUGAAAGUAGUCGGCGCGUGCUGUUAAUUCUUAGUAUCUUGCCACCUUACAUCGCCAUACGUCCUCAGUUUCUCACUGUUACUAACUUUGGCUCUGGAUUACCUGGGUUUACUAAAACUGCGCUACUGACAAAAUGCUUAAUUUAUCUGAGGAAAUAACAGAACCUUCCUCUAUUAUUAUCACAGAUGAAGAUGAAAAAAGAGCUGAAGCUGUUUUUAUGACCUAUGAUGAAUAUUGCAAACCGGUUUACGAAACUCCAAAGAAACCACAGCCGAAAUGUACUGGAGUUCGAAAUGUUUUGAUUACAUCUGCAUUGCCCUACGUAAACAAUGUGCCUCAUUUGGGAAAUAUGAUUGGGUCAACGUUGAGUGCCAGUGUAUUCGCAUUGUACUGUGAUUUGGCAGGGUACAAUGUUCUGUCUAUUUGCGGUACAGAUGAGUAUGGAACGGCUACUGAAGCAAAAGCUGUCUCAGAAAAUAUGACUCCACGUGAAAUCUGUGAUAAGUAUCAUAAGCUGCAUUGUGAUAUUUAUAAAUGGUUUCAAAUUGAAUUUGAUUAUUUUGGACGAACAACUACAGAAAAGCAUACUGAAAUCGUUCAGGGAUUAUUCAAACGUCUGUGGGAUAGAGGUUUCAUCAGUGAAGAUUCUGUUGAACAGUUGUACUGCGAAAACUGCUCAAAGUUUCUUGCUGAUCGUUUUGUGGAAGGUGUAUGCCCUUUGUGUAAAUAUGAUGAUGCUCGUGGUGAUCAAUGUGAUAAAUGUGGACGUCUUAUGAAUGCUGUUGAACUCAUCGAACCACGUUGUAAAAUAUGCCGUCAUAGGCCUAUUGUUCGCUGUUCACGUCAUUUGUUUCUUGACCUACCUAAGAUUGAAAGCAAACUGCAUACAUUUAUCGAACAGCGCAUAGAUGAUCCUUCAUGUAUAUGGACUGCGAAUGCCUGUAACAUAUCAAAUACAUGGUUAAGAGAUGGUUUAAAGCCAAGAUGUAUUACACGUGAUUUACACUGGGGUGUACCAGUUCCUCUGGAGACUUAUAAAGAUAAGGUGUUCUAUGUUUGGUUUGAUGCUCCUAUUGGUUAUUUGUCAAUCACAGCGAAUUAUACAAAGCACUGGCAACACUGGUGGCAACCAUCUAGUCAGUCAGGUGAUGAUGAAGUUGAAGUUGAAUUGUUUCAAUUUAUGGCUAAGGACAAUGUACCCUUCCAUGCAAUUAUAUUUCCUGCUUGCUUGUUAUCAGCUGAUGAUGGCUACACUCUUGUGAAGCAUUUGUUAUCCACAGAAUACAUGAAUUAUGAAAAUACUAAAUUUUCAAAAAGUCGAGGAAUUGGUGUAUUUGGUGAUGAUGCAAUGAAAUCUGGAAUCAUAUCAGAUGUUUGGCGAUUCUAUUUACUUUAUCGAAGACCUGAAUCACAAGAUAGUGCCUUUAUUUGGGAUGACUUUAUGCUGGUAAAUAAUUCAGAGUUGUUAAAUAAUUUGGGCAAUUUCGUUAACCGAUCUCUCUCGUUUGUAUCUCGAUUUUUCAAUUCAAUCGUUCCAUUGAUAACAAAAUUAGAACCUGUUGAUACAGAAUUCUUGGCUAGAAUUAAUAAAAUAUUUGCAACUUAUAUACGAAAUAUGGAAUCAUGUCAUCUUCGAGAUGCUAUUCGGAAUGUGUUGACUAUCUCUCGUCUUGGUAACGGUUAUUUUCAAGCUAAUCAACCAUGGGUUGCAGUGAAGAAACCCGAGACGAAAUCGCGUUCUGGCGUUGUGAUAAGUAUUGCUGCAAAUGUUGCAUGUCUUCUUGGUGCUAUGAUUUAUCCAUAUAUGCCUACGAUUGGGAAACAGAUUUGGAUUGAUCAAUGUGAUCUUCCAGAAUGCAAACUGAGUUUUGUGCAAAUCAUUAAAAAGGAAUUUAGAAUACAAAGACUGCUACCUGAAGGUCAUCGUAUUGGAAAGCCUGUUCCUCUUUUCCGGAAAAUAGAAGCCAGUGAAAUCAAGAAAUUAUCUGAAGUCCAUAGUGGUCAGUCUUCUGAAACAUGCACAACCAACGGAAAAACUUAAACUAAGGAAAAGUUGAUGUCUUUGUGACUAUUUUACGGCAUCUUUUUACAGUUGUAUUUGAAAUGUACUAUAAGCGAAAUAUUCAUGACUUUCUGCUAACAACUUUCCAAAUAUACAACUAUAUAAGUAUCGACUGAG